CGGUGGUCAUUCAGUAAUGCGAGACAAAAACAGCAGGAAAGAAUCGGGAGCCUGCUUUGGAUUUGAACUGCGAGCUGAGUUUGUUUUUUAGUUUUAAAGAUGGUGAACGUGUUAAAAGGAGUUCUUGUGGAAUGCGAUCCUGCGAUGAAGCAGUUCCUUCUGUACCUGGAUGAAACCUCGGCUCUGGGGAAGAAGUUCAUCAUUCAGGACCUGGAUGAUACACAUGUUUUUAUUUUGGCUGAAGUUGUGCACAUACUGCAGGAGAAAGUCGGGGAGCUCAUGGACCAGAACUCUUUCCCCAUCACGCAGAAAUAAACUCACACACUCCACAUUGCUCCUCUCCAACUUGGGCUGAAAUGGUCCUGCUAAAAUCCUGAUUUGUCACAAACACCUCCUGAAGACGCUUGCAAAGAUACUUUUAUUUUGUGUGUGAAACGUCCAGCUAUAACACCUUAAUGCAUGUUUACCUUUAUGCAAAUUGUCUGUCUAUAAAUUUGUUUAUUCAUAUUUAAUUAAAUCCAAAAGAGAUCAGAUGCUCGCCUUUGACAUGGUCGGUGUUGCCGUAUUCUGUACUUUUGUGUUUGGCUUAUGAUAAAGAUCUGAGAAAUAAAUUGGAAUAUAAACAAUAA